CCGUAGGCCGGAGCCGGGCGGGGAGCGCCGAGCGGGCGGAUCGAUGCGCUCGGGGCUCGCUUGGAAGCCGCCAUUUUCGGCGCCGAGGGGAGAGCGGGCGGCUGGGCGGCGCCGCUUCCUCCACGCCCGCGCGGCCAACAGACAGCUUGAAAAUUGCUGAGGGUCUCAGAAGACCACUUCAUCUCUGUCCUCAAACAAACAAACAAAAAAAAUCAAGCGCAAGGCCAAGUACAGAUAUUCUCGAUUGUUCCACAACCUUUCUGCAGACCACCUGAAUGGAGCUUGCGGACCACAGUUUGAGAACCACUGCUUUAGACCAAUACGACUACAACCUGGAUACCUGAUCCUUUCUUUUAGGAAUUUGGAUCUGAUGACAGAUCCAGGAUUUUGAUCCUAAAAUGGAGCCUUUCUUUCAGGAACUUCGAUCCUAUGAUCAGCUUCCAAACAAAGACCACAAAAAGGGAGAGGAACAAAAAGACAACAAUUCCAUUGGCACUGAAUGCAGCGAACCAAGAAUCAUGGAUCUGAAAUUCAACUCUUCAAGGAAAUACAUUUCUAUCACUGUACCUUCCAAAUCGCAAGCUAUGUCACCUCAUAUCAAGUCCGUAGAUGAUGUCGUUGUUCUUGGCAUGAAUCUCAGCAAAUUUAACAAACCUACUCAGUUCUUCAUAUGUGUUUUUGGAGUUUUUAUGUUUUAUCUAAUCUAUGGAUAUUUACAGGAACUGAUAUUUUCAGUGGAGGGUUUUAAGCCCUUUGGUUGGUACCUUACAUUAGUACAAUUUGGGUUUUAUUCCAUUUUUGGACUAAUAGAACUUCAGCUUAUUCAGGACAAAAGGAGACGAAUUCCUGGCAAAACCUACAUGGUGAUAGCCUUUUUAACAGUGGCUACUAUGGGUUUAUCAAAUACCUCACUAGGAUAUCUAAACUAUCCUACUCAAGUCAUCUUCAAAUGCUGUAAACUUAUUCCAGUUAUGAUAGGAGGAGUCUUUAUACAAGGAAAACGUUAUAAUAUUGCAGAUGUGUCUGCUGCAAUGUGUAUGAGUCUCGGCCUAAUAUGGUUUACUUUAGCUGACAGCACAGUCGCACCAAAUUUCAACUUGACAGGUUUUGUAUUCCUAUUCAAUAGGUUUUGUGUACAUUUUAUUGGGAUUGAUAUGCAUUGGUGGAUUAAGUCCUGCAAUAACAUUUUGCUCGAAGCUGUCCAACUGGUGGCCCGUGGGCCAUAUAUGACCCAUAAAGAAUUAAGUUGCAGUCCCUGGGCUCCUGCCUGGCUACUGGUAACCCCCAUCAGUCAGGCUGCAAAGGCAGCUAUAGUCUCUGAGCUCCCUCUCCCUCUUCUGGCUUCUGUUUUCUGCACCCACUCUAUGGAGCAGGAUGAGCAUCCAGUCCAGACUUAUGGUUAUGCAUUCUUCUUUUCACUUACUGGGUAUUUUGGAAUAUCCUUUGUUCUAGCUUUGAUUAAAAUCUUCGGUGCCCUGCUGGCUGUAACAGUAACAACAGGAAGGAAAGCGAUGACCAUAGUGCUUUCUUUUUUGUUCUUUGCAAAGCCAUUCACAUUCCAGUAUGUAUGGUCAGGUUUAUUAGUCGUCGCUGGCAUAUUUCUCAAUGUUUACAGUAAGAAUAUGGAUAAAUUCAAGCUACCUUCAAUACGCAGUCUUUGGAGCAGAACUCUGGAAGAAAGAAAAACAAGGACGUUGUCACAAACUGUGUAGACAGUGGCUUAUGCUAAAUCUUGAAUCUGACUUAUUAUUUUAUUGAAACAGUCUUUAACUGAUACACUUUCCAAUGGGAACAUUAAAACCAAAGGAGCUGAAGACAUUGUCUGCUUUGAAGAUGGUAGAAAUGAAAAUUAUAUGAGCCCUCUCUUCAGAGCACUUGAAUUCCUCUUCUAAGGUGUUAUAGGCCAUUGUCACAAGGCAUUACCAAGGUAAUGAAGGACAGCAGCUCCUGGUAAACUGCUGAGAAACUGCACUCCAAAUGGGACACAGUGGGAGAUUAAUUUGGGCAUUUUAAUAAUAACAGCUGUGGCUGAUUUAAGAUUAGCAAUUCUUUGUCUUUAGUAAUUGUUUGGGUGGGGUUAUUUAUGCAGUACUAUAUUAACCUUUAAUAGAAUCAAAUCAGUGACUGAUUUAAACAAAUUGAGGUUUUAAAGCUGGACGGUUUAGAAUACGGUAUGCCAUGAAUUUUUCAUUUUAAAUAAAAAUCUGGUUUUUUUAUGUUCUUCAUCA